AGCCCGGGGGGCGGCCGCGGAGCCUGGGGAGCCCCCGGUGGGCGCUGCGGGGGUAACUUCCAGCCUGUUGAAGCGCAGAGACGUCCCCGCAGCUGGGCGCUGCGCCGGGUCACUGGGAAGGUGUUCACAGACAAGUUCAGGUUAAUCCAGAGAGCCAUGGCAGAAGGUGGAUUUGAUCCUUGUGAAUGCAUUUGCUCGCAUGAACAUGCAAUGAGAAGACUGAUUAAUCUGCUGAGACAAUCCCAGUCGUACUGCACAGACACAGAAUGCCUUCAGGAAUUGCCAGGACCAAAUUCCUCUGGUGACAAUGGCAUCAGCUUUGCCAUGAUAAUGAUGGCCUGGGUGGUGAUUGCACUUGUCUUGUUCUUACUGAGACCUAGUAAUCUGAGAGGAUCCAACACAGCUGGAAAGCCAACUAGCCCACAUAAUGGACAAGAACCACCAGCCCCACCAGUGGACUAGAUGUUCAAUAUUGGAAAAGUUCAGCAGCUAAAACCUUGCACGACCAAACGAAUGAAGUGACCAGAUUACUCCUAAACCACAUACAAUACUGUUUCCUUUUCUCAUUUUCAUAGAGCAGAAUUAUAAUUUAGCAGUUAUCUUCACGAACUGCUUUUAGCGACUUCAAUUUUAAGUUAAUUUUUGCAUUGUAUGUUAUUACAAUUCCUAGUAGAUUGUAAUUUGAAUAAUGAUAAGGCGUUGCAGGGGUUUUUUGGUUGUUAAUGUUACUGUGGACAUUCCACUCAGUCUCUUUCUGUUACAAUUAUCUUAAUUUCUUUGCAGUGAUUUCUGAUAUGCAUUGAAAGAAAAAGAAGAUCCCUGUGCAUCUAUAAUAAUGGAAGGUUACUGUCCUUUCUUCAGAUUAAUCCACAUUUUUUCUCGAGUAUGUUUUUGAGAGUUGUAUUAUGGUUGCAACUAUUAGCUUAAUUAUGUGGUGAAAAAUUGAAAUUAUUUUAUAUUUGCCCUGGGUUCAGAGCAGCUUUUAGUCUGGUCUUUGGACAACUAACAUAGUUUUCAGGGUUGUUGGCAAAAGCAUGGUUUGUCCACUAGGAUUAUACUAUGUGUGUGUGUUUAUGCGCAAAGAAGUGAAUGUGAUAAUUUCCACUGUCAAAGCUUUGACAUACAUAUUGGGAACUUUACACAAAAGAUUAUACCACCAGAAAUUAAUUUAAUCUCGUUCAUUAAUUAUAUAUCUUAUUCAAUAUGUUGUCAAAAAAAUGUAUUCCAAAAAUGGAUUUGUUUACUUAUAGACUUUAUGAAAAGAGAAAUUUAGUGAGAACUUGGUAAAAUUUUCUGUCCUGGUACAGUCUUUUAAUAAUUGUUAUCUUAAGUUUUUAGCCAUGAUGUAAUAUAUACUGGGCAGGAUGAAAUCAUACCAUGAGGUUACCAAGGUUACCAACUUUUGGUAUAAAACAUAUACUGGAUAUUCAGGUUUUUUCACCUGUAUGUUAUCAGCAGUUCUUAACAUUUCAUCCUUAUCUACUGAUUGUAAUUGUAGAAUAACAAACUUGGACGUUACUACAUAUGGCAUGUCUUUUCCCUCUAAUAAUUGUGUGUAUGUGCGGUGUGUUUAUGCGUGCGUAUGUGUGGCUGUGCACAUACCUGUGCACAUCUCCCAUUGUAGCAAAUGGGAAUGACUUUUUUAUGUACAUUAAUUUAAGAACAUUUUAAAGAUGUACAGAAAAGUGACACUGUAUAUUUUUCUUGAUCAAUUUGAAAAAUUGAUGAGAAUAAUGUAAAGAACAUUUUUAUGUUACCAACAUGAAGCUUCUUUCCGUAAAGGUCAGUAGAACAGACAAAUGGGAAUUCAAAGCCUUACUCUACAAACCUUUAUUUCAUGAGGACUUAAGUUACAGAGCUGAAAGGAGUAACUCUUAAGAUGCCUAAAGGUUUGUAUUAAUGGGCUCUAACAAAAAUCUCACAUCAGAUCUGGUGGUUGACAGACGCAGGGUUUUCCUCCUCAGGGUAAAUGGCGGGCUGGCUAAGCCUCCUUGUAAAGGUACAGCAUAGACCUGAAGAAAGGCUUCUGUAAUUUGACGCAAUUGCCCUUUGAAUUUCUGUUGAAUAGUGUGCUCCCAAGCAAAAAAAAAAAAAAAAAAAAAAAAAAAAAAAAGAUGAUUGGGCCAGGUGCUCUCAGUGAUGUCAGUGCAGUGCAAUGGAGCUGCAGCAAAGAAACUGAGAGAAUUUGUCCUAUUAUGUCUAAUGGUGUACAGGCCACAAACACUGUGUAAAGAUGUCACUGGGACAAGCAAUCUGACUGUGCUUGCUUUUUGCCUUCCAUGUAUGUUUAUGUUUGGGAUACUGUUUUGAACAGAACAGGUAAUACAGCACCAUUUUGUUGAACCAACAACGGAAAACAUAUCAUCUACAGUUACCUUUUCUCCAAGGAUUUUUGGCCAGAAUUCUUCACUGUCAGAUGCAUAAACCAGGCUUCCAAUUGAUUAAAAAGCCAACUGCAACAGGCUUCCUUUCAGACAAGGUGCCCCUCCUCAUUCUGUUGUAAAUUGGUGAGAUUUACAGCAGAUGCUCCUCACUUGUGAGGAUCAGUCUCGAUUUACUUAAAUGUCUGUGUAUUUAUAAUACUCACCAUGUGCACCCAGCAUUAACAGUCUUGGCAAAUGAUCUUUUUGUUCAGAGUAAUGUGUUUUACAUUUAAAUGAAGUCUUUGCUUGAAAUUCCUUGAAGUAAUUGUCCCAGUAAUUUUAUACAUGUAUGCUUUCCUCAUGUAAAUUGCUAUUUUAAAUUUUCUAUGUAAAAGAAAAAACAUUGGAAAUAUUUUAUUGUAAAAUGUUUUACUGAAGAGCCAGGCCACUAUCCCAUGUCAAAAUAUAUGCCUUUUAAAUUCAGAUACUCUCUCCAAGAUAUAACCUUCAGACCACCACUCUUAAUGAAAAUAAAAGUAUCUAAUUGUAGGACUGUAUUUUGCCACUCUUAUUCAUGUUAAAUAGUGCCUUACUCAUCAAGUAGUUGCACUGAAGUUUGUGGGACUACUCUGAGAUAAUGUACUAGUAGCAGCUUUAGUAAGGGUGGCAGAAAUCUGGCCUUUAGUGAUGUAGUUUGCGAUGAAAUAAUUAUAUCAUGGUUACAGAUGUUUAUGGUAAAUUUUGAGAAGUGUGGAAGAGAUUAGUGGUAUGUGAAGCUUCAGAAUGUGCUUAAUUCUGAAAUGAGGGUUUUAAGCUCAGUUAGUAAGAGAUGCAAGUUGCAGCAACUUGGGAAAUAUGGAGGGAAGUUUACAAUUAUACCUUAGUUUAGAACUUUGUUAAAACAAUAGUAUUUUUAGAGUCUGCUUAACACAAUUAUUAUAUUCUGAAAUGAGAAAUCAUAUGUAUUCAUGUAUUGUCUGCAGAUCACUUAGCCUUGUAAUGUUCAUGAUUCAAAAAGGAAGAGUGAUGAUGUGAUGUACUUAAUGUAAAUCGGUGGUUUAAAAUGUCUGAAUUAUGCCAAACAAAAAAUCAUCUGUGCCAUUUGCGGUUUCCUAGUAAUCUUUUACUGAGUACUUGGAUUGGGAUAAAGGGCUUGUACUAUGCACUUUUUAUUGACUUAACAAAAUAAAUAGCAAUCAUUAGUAA